CAUUCACUGGCCAGAUAAUCGAUAACGCAAGAUAUCACUUGUUGCUGCAGCCUAGAUACAAGUUCAGGGUCCUUCCAAAUUCUUGAAAUCAUUGUUAGCUUUCACCAGAAAGUCACUCAUCACACAAGCACUGCGGUAGAGGACAAACAUAAUUCCGGUGUUUGCUUCUCGGGGUUUCAGGUACGUAACACCUUUUUGUUCCAGGGUUCCAUACUCUGAAUGUGUAAUAUUUUCAAAUUAUUUUGAUUACAUUCACUAUAGAUAGAUAGAUAGAUAGCAUUUUAUUUAUUUAUUUUCAGACAUUUAGAACUAAUUUCUAAAAUUACAAGUUAUUUGGUAAUAUGCAGAUUUGAACAUUUUAAUCUGUGUGAUUAAAUUUGUGAAUGAGAUAAACGGAUGGUGGUUACUGUGGAAUUAGCCUGAACGUCUCUUAAAAUGCUCAGAUCGUUCAAAUACAAUCCUGUGAAUUUGAAAUGGUGGAAUGCGAAAUUGCAAUAUGCAAAAAGUGGUCAUCCCAAAAAUUCCAAAUCCUGGGUGUCCCUCUUUAUUUGUAGUCAAGCGUUUGAAAUCAGCCAGUGUAGCGAGGCUCGUUAUUAGUCCUAACAUGUAUGAAGGAACAUCGUUUUAUAUUUGUACACAUUAGUUUCUUUUAGUUUAGAGCAAUAAACAUUAAUGGUAAUUCAGUAAAGUUCCAAUGCCACAAUUGAACGGGACAAAAUAAUUUGUUGAAGUACUAUUCAUGCACUGUUUAUAUGAUUUAAGAAAGUCUGGAGUUUUCAAUCCAAGCUCUGAAUGAGACUAAAUUUGAAAUCUGACGGAUGGCUGAAUUCCGGACCCGAAAUCUUAAAUCAGAACUAUUUGCCCACGGGGCAGAGCUAGUAGCCUUUAGAUUUAUCAUGUUUUCUUAUAGUGCUCCCACCACUGACCAAUUUAAAUAUAAAUCACUUGUACCUAAAUAUUAAAAGGUAUUUGCCUCAUAUUAAUAAUAAUAAUAGUCUUGGGGUACACAACCUAAGAAAAUGUCCUGCUCACAUCUACGUGAAUUAUUUCAGAAUUCCCUCCCAAUAAAGGUUGGACUGAACCAAAUGCAGCUUUGGUAAAAAGUCUAAUCUAAAUCUUAAAACGAUUCUCAAGCCUGAGUAUCUACAGAAAGGUGGGGGCUAUUAACUAAACAAUGGAAACAUUUUAAAUCAAAUAUAGGAGUUUAAAAAAAAAUAAUCUUUACGUUGCCCAAUGUAAGCUGGAGAUUGUUUCACUUGAAGAUUUUUUCCCCCCAAAAUCUGAUUGUUGUCAUCUCACUAUUUAGUAAAUUGCCUCUAGUUUCCUCGGUCUUAUUGAAUCUUCCUUAUUUUAUUCUGACAGACGCAUUACAUAUUGAGUCAUAUCUAGUUACAGUUUAACAAGGUUGGCAUAAAGAUGAAGGUUAUGGUACACGGGCAGUCUGAAAGAUUGCCUAUUGCAUAAUAGACCCCUUUAUUUAGAAAAAUAUGACAUAAUCCUGACUGUUAAUUAUUGUGUAUAUUUGUAUUUAUAGGCAGAGUGACAAUAGACAUUAAAUUGAUCAUUAAAGGGACACUCCAGGCACCAUAACAACUUCAUUUAAAUUAAGUUGCUAUGGUGCCAGGAGGUCCCCAGAGGAACUCUUACCUGUUCUCAAUCAGUUUAACCCAAGAGUUACCGCCACAGGUGGAAUCCAGCUUCUAAAUUUCUGAACACCUACUGAACUACUCUCAGCCAACCAGCGGCUCCCCAGCCCAGUGGCACUCCACGCUUCCAGAAUCUGUAGAAGCUAGAAUACGCUUGGGGGGGAGUGGGGAGAGAGGACAUCGCAAUUUAGGCACCUUCGGGGUUAAACCGUUUGAGAACGAUUUAACCCCUUGUGGUAAAAGUGCCUCCGUUGGCCUCCUGGCACCUUAACCACUUAGUUUAGAUUAAGUUAUUUUGAAUCUAUCGCUUGUUUUAUUAGAAGUCACGUUUUGUCGAAUUGUUUCAUUAAAGGGUCAGUUUAGGCACCAUACCCACUACGCCACUUUCAUAUGGUCUGACAAUGUAAUAUUUUGUUUAUGGCACUUGGACUGCAUUUUUUACAUUUUCAUCUUCUGUGCUGAAUCUACUAGUUGGGCAUUGUAAAAGUUGUAGUCUGCACACAAUUAUUAGAGGAAUAGUUACAUUGGAAAACUGACAAUCUUAUAUAGAAAAAUGGAAGUCAGUUAUGCUUAGCCUUUGGACUGGCACAUUAUCCCAUGAAAAGUAGUUUGUUAGAAUCUGCAAUGCAAAGGCUAAACAUAACUGGUAUACGUUUGUUGUUUUUUUAAUGACAAAAAUGAAAAACAGCAAUGAGAUGAUAACAAUAUAGAAAAAAUUUAAAGUUUUUACAUUUACAGUGAAAAUCUCUCACUAAUUUAAUCUGAUUCACAACCCUCCGUGACAUACAGUAGCGUUCAGGUUUAAAGUCUAGAUUCCAAGAGGUAAGUGCUCUCACUCCUGCCAUUAUGACCACAUUAUAACAGAGAUAGUCUAUAUCUAUUAUAUAGAAAUCAGUGGCAACUCUUGGGUAGGGGUAGAAUCUCCAUUUAAACUAAGGGAGGCCUACUACACUACACUGCGCUGACAGUUGGCUAAAUGGCACAUCUCCAAACAGUCGAAGUGAAGUGGAGCUCCAUACUCAGGCUCCACAGACACUAGACGACACAUAGUGCUGGGAACUAUAACUCUUUGUUGAAGCUGUGCAGAGGUAUUUAUACACACAGAGGGCCAUUUGCAUACAAUGGGUAAUUAACAGCACGUACCUCUCCCCAUCAAGUCUUCUUCCUUUAAUUCCUUGUGUUUCUUGCUGAAAACCACCAGCAGCCCCACCAAAACAAACAACCUGAAACAAUGAAGUCUCCUUCCAACCCAAGCAAGAGGAAGCCCUGCCCCGCAACCCUGGGUUCAAGACAGGAUCCGUCACACAGGGCAGCCAUUUUGAACUGGUCUGGAAGUGUCCCUGUGCUAGGAAAACAAUAAGACAAGAGAUAGGGGAAGAUAACUAGCAACAAACAAAUACAUUAUACCCAGCCUGAACCUAUACUCAUAGGCGUGCGCACGAGGUGUGCCGGGUGUGCCUGGGCACACCCUAAUCCCUGCGGCACGCGCUAGGUGCCUCCCUCCAUGGGCCGGUGUGGGAGAUCAAAGAUCUCCCUCACCAACCCACAGGCAGGGAGGGAGGACAGGAGAGGACCCGGGGAGCUCUUGUCAGCAGCUCCGCCGGGUUCCUCUCGUGUGAGUGAACUCUAGCCCCACAGGGGGCUAGAGUUCACUCUCCACUGGACCACCAGGGAAGGCAGGAGCACGCCCCCCCCCCCUACAUAAGGUAAGAAGGCCCCCACACAUUACACACAAACAUACAGCACACACACAUACAUCACCCUUACACACACAGCACACACACACACAGUAACAGCACCCUCACACUAACAACACCCUUACACACAGCACUCUCACACUAACAACACCCUUACACACACACACUAACAGCACCCUCACACUAACAGCACCCUCACACUAACAACACCCUUACACACACAGCACCCUCACAGCACCCUUACACACACACAGCACACACUAACAACACCCUUACACACACACACACACACACACACUAACAGCACCCUCACACUAACAACACCCUUACACACACAACACCCUCACACAUACUAACAGCACCCUUACACACUGCACCCUCACACACACAGCACACACUAACAGCACCCUCACACACACAGCACCCUUACACAAACACAGCACACACUAACAGCACCCUUACACACACAGCACCCUCACCCACACACACAAAGCACACACUAACAGCACCCUUACACACACACACACACACACACUAACAGCACCCUUACACAUACACACAGCACACACUAACAGCACCCUUACACACACAGCACCUUCACACACAGUGCCUUCACACACACAGCACCUUCACACACACAGUGCCCGCACACACACACAGCGUCUUCACACACAGCGCCUUCACACACAGCACCUGCACACAUACAGCAGUGUGUGUGUGUAUGUGCAUGUGUAUAUAUAUAUAUAUAUACGCGGCGUGUGUGUUUCUGCUUUAGGGUUCACACCCUUAUACAAUAGGCUGCGCACACCUAUGUCUAUAAUGGGCACAGGGUGACUAAAACAUAAGGGUAACCUAGGGGCCUACAUUAAGUAUCCGUCAUCCGUCCCCAGUGAUGGUGACUACCAUCAAAUGAAGGACGUGUAAAAGAAGGAUGGGUGGUGAGAGGAAUAGGAAGGGCCAAUGACACAAUACACAUCACUGGUAACUGGUGGCACUAAGGAUGUAAAGACCCAUAAUGACUGCGCAUGUUUAGCUCGUGAGUGCUCACACAGAUAUACGGCUCACACCUGAACUUUGCUUGGGUGUCACCAUGCCAGAGAAAAAAAAGCCCAGGACAAUGGGACAGUGAUCCUUAAUAGAGACUGUUAUCCUGGAUGUAGGAAUGUUGGGAGGUAUUAUAUAGAUAUCACUGCAUUUUCUGCCAUUACCACCUAUGUCAGGUACUGUUCUUAUUUUCUAAAUUUUCAGAUUAUACAUCACGAGUGCUAUUUCAGCUAAAUUUAGAUGGACAACCACAAUAUCUGCAAAGUUUUGUGGCUUUUUUUUUUUGUCCCAAAGGAUUAUUCACUAAAGCGAGAAUUGCUGUAAUUUCAAAGUGAAUUCCAAACGAGUUUCAAAUUUAAAGGGACACUAUAGUCAACUACAUCUUAAUGUAUUUGUUCUGGUGAGUAUAGUCAGUCCCUGCAGGUACUUUCUUGUAAACCAGUGUUUACAUUGAUGCCAAGAAUACCACCAGUGGCAGUUACUCAGAUGGCUACUAUAGGUGCUUCCUGUGUCAGUGCCGCACAAUGUGACUGACACUCAGUGUCUCCACCCACUGAACUUUCCUCAUUGAAAUGCAUUGAUUCGAUGAGGAGAUGCUGAUUGGCGCAGCAGGCAUUAUGGGACUUGUAUUUAUGUGAUUGGAUUGGCUGAGACUGUCGAUUUUAAUGAUCUCAGCCAAGGAGGUGGAGCAUGGGCAGAGCCAGAGGCGGCGAGACUAGUGCAGCACCGAAUUAAAGGCAAGCUUUAUUACCUUUUAAUGAGGUCAAAAAUGUUUGUAUUCCUGACACUAUAGUGUUCCUUUAAGGCCAAUGUAGCCGAUCUUUAAGUAUGACUGGCUUGGAGAAUUUUACCAAUUCAGCAAUAUAUGCCUUAAAUUUGAAAUUAACUUUUGAAUUAUAUACAGUUUCCUUGUUCAUUCAUUAUUGGCACAGAGACAGAUCUAAUGCAGAUAAGAUUUCCCCUUUCUGUAAAAAUAGUGCAACGUAUGAAGAAAAUAACAAUAUUAUGGUACAACAAUAAUGUAGUCUAACAUAUUUUGUCUGCUUCUCAACUAAUAAUUGCUAAUAUAUUCUUUUUUAUUAAGGCUAUAAAGAUUUACUGCCGUAUUUUCAUUAUGAUUUAUCAUGCCACCUAGGUGACUAUAUUUUUUAAUGUGUUUUUUUUUUUUAUGUACUACUUUCUGUGUUAUCUAUUGGUUUAGUAGUGAUAAUAACAGGGAAAACAUAUGGGUUUUUUAUGAUAAAAUAAAAUAUAUCAAAGCAAGAUUUUGAAAUAAAACCCCACAACAUCUUAAUGAAUAAACAGUUACUGUGAUGGGUUUUUUGUCCCCUUAACAACCAGUUUUGGUUGUUAAGUUUUGUUUUUUUAAAUCAAAUCACUUUAUUAUAAAUUUAAAUCUACAAAACAAAAGUAAGUAACAAUAAUAACAAUGUGUCAAUACUGCAAAAAAAACUAAUUGAUAGAAGCCACACAACACACACUCAAACCACAGAGGCACAACAGCCCAUCAGCACAAGGCUGGACCGUUGCACCAAACUCACCCCAACGCCCCAGCACUAACAGCAUUUAAUGUGUUUUAUCCACUUGAUUAGAACCAAAUUAAAAUUACAUUUUACGGACAUACCUUGAGUGAAGGUCAUAUUGACAGCCACUAGAGGCAGGUUAGCCGUGCAAUUUAAAUAUUGCCGUCUCUGCAGAAUUGUAAUGUUUCAGCUGCAGGGUUAAAAUGGGGCGCACAUUGAGAUAACGUGGUAUAGUUGCCUAUAGUGUUCCUUUAACACACUGCUCAAAAAAUAAUUGGAAAGCAAAAUAAUCAGGGUUUGUGAAUUGUUUGGAAUUCUAAAUUAGUUCAAAUUAAAUUAAAAUUGUUAAGGUAAAGUAACACAACUGGUAAAAUGAUCCACACCUGCUAUGUUUCUGAUUCAAAGAUUUUGCCUUAAAGGACCACUCUAGGCACCCAGACCACUUCAGCUUAAUGAAGUGGUCUGGGUGCCAGGUCCAGCUAGGGUUAACCCAUUUUUUCAUAAACAUAGCAGUUUCAGAGAAACUGCUAUGUUUAUUAAUGGGUUAAGCCUUCCCCUAAUCCUCUAGUGGCUGUCUCAUUGACAGCCACUAGAGGCGCUUGCGUGCUUCUCACUGUGAAUUUCACAGUGAGAGCACGCCAGCGUCCAUAGGAAAGCAUUAUGAAUGCUUUCCUAUGUGACCGGCUGAAUGCGCGCGCAGCUCUUGCCGCGCGUGCGCAUUCAGCCGACGGGGAGGAGAAGAGGAGGAUCGGAAGAGGAGAGCUCUCCGCCCAGCGCUGGAAAAAGGUAAGUUAUUACCCCUUUCCCCCUUCCAGAGCCGGGCGGGAGGGGGUCCCUGAGGGUGGGGGCACCCUCAGGGCACUAUAGUGCCAGGAAAACGAGUAUGUUUUCCUGGCACUAUAGUGGUCCUUUAAGAUUGAUAUUCAGUUUGAAUUCACAACAAUUUAAACAUUGGUGUUUAACAGCCAGCUAAAAGGGUCAUUAACCUAAACACAUUAGUAUUGUCACAUUAAGCUCACAUUAUAAAGUGACUUAAUUUGUAUUUAUGUGAUUGUUAAUGGCUUCAUGUUAAGUGUACAAAAACUACUGGCCCAUACAAUAGGACUGUUUAGGUGUAUUUGAUUGUAUCUCUGUUUGUACAGAUAUAAUUAGUACAUUUAGGUUGGUUUUAACAUACUUCACAAUGUUGGAAGGUAUGAUAUCAGAAUGGGGGAAGGACCUGAUGCAACUCGCAUAUCAGUCAGCGCCAACAACACGAGGGCCGGAAAAUGGGGUGGGGGUCUGUGAAGAGGCCUGUUUGGUCAGCAACCAACUUACAAGACCCUGCAGAGAGCAGCACAGGCUGUUGUGUUCCCAGAUGUUGGACAGGACACCAAAAUCGAAACUGUAUUUUACUCAUACUGAAUUUACAUUUUAAGACUAAUAUAUAGGUGAAUUUUAAUAACAAUCUCCAUUUAAGUAUGCAACCUGACUACCUGAAAUUACCGGUGGCAAACGUGCCACGAGCUCCUGGAGGAGCCUGCUGGCUAGUUUCGUGCCCAAGGACUAUGGGCCAUAUACAAAGACCCUGUUCGGGAGUUAAACCUCCGCCAUUAGUAGCUUGCCCUGGGUGCCCCUAGUUCGGCACUUUCCCUUCAUGUGAAUGGAAGUGAAAGCUGUCUCUCUGGCGGCCGUUCACAUGACCCAAACCCACGAAUUGUCCUCAUUGGUACUUAGCUGCGAUCAUUAUGGAACUAAACUAGGCAUGAGGACUUUGUGCGAUUUUCCGGCCAACUUGGUUCAUGGGUUAGAGACAUUUUGAGACUAAGGGUAACAAACGCAACCUAAGAGACAGCCGGAGUAGUCCGUAUUGCGGCCGCAGGAGCUCCUGAGUGUUGAUCGGCCAAAGCACCAAAUGCCGAGAACUGUUUUAGGCAUAGGACCGUGUAUGUGGCUGGUCAGAACUUUAACACGGUGACGUUUUCCCUACACUGCAUGGAUCAGAGUGCUAUUUGGAGAACUUGGGCACUCAAAUUAUGGCUAUUUGGCGAUGUAUUUUUUGUGGGGCUAUUUUGUUUUCUGUCUUCAUCAGUGAAUAUGAGAAGUUGAGAUAAUACUGAUCUUUUAGGAUUGGCUUAUUUGAGAAAUUAUAAUUUACUGAUUGAAUUAUUAUUAUUAUUGCAUUUAUGUUUUUAUUUUGCAGUUUUCCAAGACAAUGUGCACAGGGAAAUGUUCGAGGCUCAUUGGUAUAGUUCUUUUCCCCCUCGGACUCUGCGCCAUUAUUUGCAAUCUACUCCUCUAUUUCCCCAACGGAAAGAUUUUGGCAACAGAAGAGAUAACGGAUUAUGUGUGGUAUUUUCAUGGAAUAAUUGGAGCUGGAUUACUAGUAAGAAAGAUGUAUUUAAAUGAUUAUUUCAUACUAUAUACUCAGUAGAAUUCUGUUAUAAGUUGUAUGUGUUUUUUUUAUUGACACAAAAUAACGGAAUACUUAAUUAGCAUAGCCAAAGUUUUAAAGAGGGAAAAAAGUUGUUCCCCCCCCUGGAAACUCAAUGAUGAAAGUUUCCUCUAUAAAAUCAGAAUAUUACACCAAUUAAUUUCCUAAAAAAAACUCAGUGAAUUAAUAUUUUCAGGAAAACUGGUUUUACAUGGUUUCCCAAAAGUUGCAUUUUUGAAAAAAAAUGAAAUAGUGAAAGUGGAUUUGGAAUCAAAGGUUGACACUGCUGUAAGUAUAAUGCUCAGUACUGGGACACACAGUAUUUAUAAUGGAGUCACCCAAGAUUUUACUAUGUUUUUACUCCAUUUACUGAAUAAGAGGCUCUGCUUGGCAAUGGGCUGCCAAUGGCAAUGGAUUGGGUUCUGUUGAAUUAGUAUGAUCUAAAUCAGUUAGGUAAAUUGUAUUUCAUUACCUUAUGGGCUUAUGACACAUUGUAUCCAUAGGCAACAGCGUAAAAGGUCUUGGGGGGGGAAAAAACACAAAAGGUGACUUCAUUUAGUGCAUGUAUCAUUCCACUUUGCAUAUCGUUGCAGACUUUUAGUACAUUAGGAACUGAUCAAAAAUGUAAAUCAGGGGUGCUCAAAAGGUAGAUCCCAAGAUGUUGUAGACCUACAACUUCCAUGAUGCUUUGCAUGCAAUCAGAAUGUCAAAGCAUCAUGGAAGUUGUAGUUUUAAAACAUCUGGAGAUCUACCUUUUGGGCAUCCCUGAUGUAAAUCAUUUAAAAAAAUGUGUAAAAUAUAUUGUUGUCUCCCACAGGUUUUCCUCACAGCGUUUAUGACUCUUGGGGCAGGUGGAGAAGGGUGUUGUGCAAAUAGAUGUGGGGUAAGAAUUUUUAUAUAAUCUCACAUUCUUUGUUUAUCCUACAAUCCUGCUAAUGCUUUUAUUUUGUUUGAUUGUUCAUGUUUCUGCAUGUAUUAAAGUUUAUUUAGUGGCCUAGAGUCGAGGUGCUCUUCCGACUAGAGUUAUAAUCAGUGUGGCUGGCUCCUUCUCUUUGUGCGGGAUGCCAAAAGCUGUGAAGGCUGUGAAGGUCAUUGUCACCGUCCUUAAUGAAAAUGGCCAGAGUACUAAAACAGCAUUCUCGCAUAUAUCAGAAGAGCUCCCAUUCCUUUACUUUCUCGUGUUCUUUAUUGGUAAAGCUGCCAGAGGCCUUUGUCCGGCCAUUCAUAAACAGUCACAUUGCCCUCACAUCAUCUGCUAGAGUGAUAGUAGUGUUUGCGGUUCUUGUUCCUGAGUUUACUCUGAUUGCUGCCGAUUGCAACCCAAUGAGCCGAUAAGUUACCUGGACAAACAUGUUGCUCUAUCACAAUCCUUCACAAUCUGGUUAUCUUUAAUCCAAAUGUUUUCUGAUGCAGAAUUUUACAUUACAGUAAUGGGGAACAACUGACCACAAUCAAGACAAUGUACCAAGCAAAUACUAACUAAAAUAAAUUAAAAUAUUAAUGAUACACACUACCAAUUAAUAAUAAUAUUAUUAUUAUUAUUAUGAUAUUUAUAGAGCGCCGUCAAAUUCCGCAGCGCUUUACAAUGGGUGGACGAACAGACAUGUAGUUGUAUCCAGACAAGUUGGACACACAGGAACAGAGGGGUUGAGGGCCCUGCUCAAUGAGCUUACAUGCUAGAGGGAGUGGGGUAAAAUGACACAAAAAGGUAUUACAUGUCUCAAUCCCAGACAAGACAGCCGGACCAAGUUCUUGUUCUACAAUACUAUCAGAGUCCCUAGUCAUGAGUCUUAUAUGACAAACACCAAACAAAAGACACGAGGUGACAACUUACAGUUUGUUUGAUGCAUACACAGAGGAAAUGAAAUGUAUUCUAAAUCUCCACUCUGAAUACCAAAUCACUGGUUAUGUGGACAGGUUUACGGUAAUAGGUAAUAACUACUCUGCAUUUGUUUGAAUGUGGAUGGACAGUUUUAACUAUUUGGGAGCCUACUAAAAUGUGUACAAGAUGCCUAACUCUUUAGUAUACCCAAUAUUGAUACUCUUACUGCCACGGAGUACUCUGUCUAUGCACUUUGGUGAUCUGACACAUUCUAAACACAAUACUAUCUUCCCAAAGGUAGCAGACAAAUCUUCAAGCAAGUCAAUUUAAUUCUUAGUCUGAAUUUCUCCUAAAUAUUUCUCUGCCUACCACUUAUACACUAAUUAGGCAGUUUAGAGCUAAGAAGGUGCAAUCACAGUGCUUUCAACUGUUAUCUUUUAGAAUAAGGAAUGGUCCUUUCUGCUCCCUUGUGCAGGUAUCACAAUAACUCCCCUGCAUUAAAGGAAGCAAGUAAAAAUCUGAAUUGUCUGAUGACCACCAUUAUCUCAUCAUGCUCUACUCAUCGUAACAAUGAACUUGACACUCAGUUCCAAGAGAUCUAAUCCUCAAGAUAACUUGCAUCAAGGAGCCUAACGUUCCUUGCAUGAAAUUGGGUUUCCUUUCCUUACAGUGUGAUCCAACCAUUAAAAAUGCCUAGAUGUGUCUGCAUACCGAGGAUACCCAAGAUGUUCUUCAUUGUCAUUUAUGAAGUAGAAAGCAGAGUUUUACUAAUGCUAUCCCUAGGGCCAUAAAAGAGAGAUUGUUUUGUGAAUUUAAUAUUUAUGGUUUAUUAUUGUGCUUUAGAAUAAGAGCAUACUUUUUGUCAUAGUGAAUUUAUACCAUGUCCAUCCUCAGAUGCUGCUGUCUGUAUUGCUGGCUUUGUUGGGCACUGCGGGUGGAGCUUACUGUGUUGUCAUCUCUGCAAUGGGAUUGGUCGAUGGACCUUUGUGUGACACUGGAGAUGGAACAUACACUUAUCCUUUUAGAAAUGACACAGAGGAGUAAGUCUACUAAUUACCAAAGAUCAGCAAAGCUCACAUGGUUUGCUUGGUUCUUUAAAGCAAGGAGAAUGUCCUGGGUUUUCCGUGAUAAACAUAUAAAAUAUUUGACCUCUGUUGUGUUCUUUAUCCACUAUUGCAGAGAAAGCUACUUAUUCCAACAGAACACGUGGGACAUUUGCCGGGAGCCUGAAAAUAUUGUAUUAUGGAACAUUGUCCUUUUCUCGAUACUCCUGGGCCUGGGUGCCAUUGAAGCACUGUUGUGUGCCAUUCAGGUGAUCAAUGGACUUGUUGGAUUCCUGUGUGGCACCUGUUUGAGAAAAAGAAGGGUCAGUAAUUAACAAAUAUAAAUAAAUCUGACUGUCUGUCUAUCUGUCAUGACAUAUUAUAUCCAGGACUGUCACAACAUGGAGUAACUUGUUAUGAAAAAAACUAUUUAUUCAACUGCCGCAAAUUAAUGUAUUGAACAUUCUGCCAUUUAGAUGUCCCCAGUCAGAGUUGGCACACCUCAAAGAUGAGUUAUUAGGGGGAUCUGGAUAGAAGAUUAUACUGUGUGUGUUGGGGAGGCUGAAGUACAUUGGAUACCACUAUCACAUAUGAAGUCAUGAAGGUGUUUGUGUAAAAAGACUGCAGCAGUCAGUACUGGUUACUGGGAUCUUGAUAAAGAGCUGAAGUGAUAAUUGAGCAAUUACUUGUAGUAUUCUUUUCUUAUCUCUGAAGAAAGUGUAAUUGAGGGCAGGCAUACAAGUAUGUCUCGAUUCCAACAGAUUCAUAUUUGUUAAAUGGACACUCCACUGCCCAAAUACAAAAUAAUUAAAAAUCACUGUUUAGUAGAUAUGUCUCUAGUUAAAAUAUGCAUGCUUUUAAAUACAUAUUUGUUUUUCAUUAAGGGUAUAUCUAAAAAUUUCUUAGAAAAACCAGCAGUUCUUUUGUCUGCUGCCUUAUUCAAACCCUCCCCUACUAGCCACACCCAUACUUUCUGUGGCUGUCCAAUCACAGACUUCCCAAUGCAGCCCACUGAGAAUUCUUUGCAAGUCAGGUGCUCUGGGCAACUGACUGCCUAUGGAGUUUAGCUCCACUGAGCUAACCAAACCAGGAAGUAACAUUACCUGUUGUUUGCUCCAAAGCCAGGGGUGGUAACCAGGUUAAUUUAUAAAAGUGUUAAUUUUUAUUUAAAUCUAUAUUUUCUGUAAAAUAAAAAGCACAUAAAGCUAUUCAGUAAGCUAAAGUGCUUUAAGGGUCUGCAGUGUCCAUCUAGCAUACUGAAAAGCUUUACAUGUGAAGAGUGUGUCCUAUUUUUUUUUUUUGCAGAAAAUACUGAUUUAAAUAGCAGCUGGCCCUUUUAUAAUGUAACCUGCUAACCUGAGAUACAUAGAGGAGCUGGGGGGAAGGGAAUAAGACACGUGGAGGAGCUGGGGGGAGGGUGGGGAGGGAAUGACACACAUGGAGGUGUUGAAGGGGACGAGACACAUGGAUAUUUUAAAGUUUUAAUUCACUUUAAAUACAUGGAAAUUCUUCCUUAAGAAAAUAUCCCUAUUGGUUUGUGAAGCAACUGGUUGAAAAGCCAGAAAUGGGGGGGAAAUUUCAUUAUUUUUAGUGUGGGGGGGGCAGAGAAUGAGACAAAUAGAGGGGUGAGAAUAAUACACAUCGAGGGGCUGGGGUGGAUGAGACACAUGGAGGAGCUUGGGGGAGGGAAUGAGACACAUGGAUGGGCUGGGGAGAAUGAGACACAUGGAGGGGGAGGAGGUAGAAUGAUACAUAUGGAGGAGCUUGGGGGAGGGAAUGAGACACAUGGAGGGGCUGAGGGGGAGGGAAUGAGACACAUUGAGGGGCUGGGGGAGGGAAUGAGACACAUGGAGGGGCUGAAGGGGAGGGAAUGGGACACAUGGAGGGGUUGAGGGGGAAUGAGACACAUUGAGGGGGAGGAGGUAGAUUGAUACACAUGCAGGGGCUGGGGGAGGAUGAGAAAAAUGGAAGAGCUUGGGGCUAGGGAAUAAGAAACAUGGAGAUGCUGGGAGAUUGAUACACAUGGAGGGGCUGGAGGGGACAACACACAUGAGUAUUUUAAAGUUUUAAUUCACUUUGAAUACCUGGCAGUUCAUCCUUAAAGAGAUGGCCCUAUUGGUUUGUGAAGCAACUGGUUGAAAAGCCAGAAAUGAGCGGAAAAUAUAAUAUAUUUUUUUAAAUUAAGGUUCCAUCUACAUACAGUAUGGUUGUAAGGAAUAAUCAUACAUGAGAACCAAUAUACAUUUGUGUGAGGAGAGGAAGGGAGAAGUUAUAUAUGUUUUAAUUUUGUUUGUUUUGUUUAAUUAUUAUUUUUUUUUCAUUCUUACAGACUGGAAUAGCCUAAUAUCCGGGAUACCAUACUUGCCAUGCAAAGACAAGAAACCAGAAGCAGUGUGUAUUUAUAAAAUGUUUAAUUAAAUAUUUUCCAGUUUCUCCAUAUUUGUUCAAUUAAAUAACCUAAACUGGAGAAGUAUUUUGUACCAGAAUAAACUGGUUAUCACUGAUAGAAUAUCUUGCAUUAUCAGGACUAAUGAUGCCAAUCACUUUGUAAAGUACAUUGUUAUUGCUAAAGUCUGACACGCCUGUGAAUUACCAUGUUUCAAUAUUUAAUAAAUUGCAUUUUCUAAUGAUGUACUUUCUAUUGUGUCUUUGCAUAUUGGUAAAAAAAAAAA